UCUUAACAGGUACUGUCAGGUUUCUUCUGACCUCUGCUGACUGUCACAUCAGAAGCUUGGUUUAUGUUGCUCUUCACUCUUUAACCUUUCACUUGAACUGUUAGACGGGGUUUGCCCACAACUCACAAGAAUAAUCAUAUAUUUUGAAAUUCUUUUCUUUUACAAGGUCCACCGGUCACUACCACCAACCGUUUGUUGCUCCUAUGUGUCAGUUAAUGCCCCCCUCUCUCUGCCAUUUUCUAUUCUCUCCGAAUAGCCAACUCUCAGUAGGAUCAGAUCCACCUCUGAUGGAAAUCACAGGGUUCUGCAUUGCUGAAAGACAGAGAGAAGAGCACCCGUUUAGUUUUGUUGUGUUGGCUCUUUUGAAUGAGAGGAAAGUGGAAGGCUUUGGCGGUUCUGAAGCUGGGUAAGCAGCCUGGGGACAUGGAGGUUUGGGGCACUGAAGAAUGCCUGGGAAGAGCUGAACAGACCAACCUCGACAGAGAUUCUCUCAGCCCAGACGUCCAGCGCCAGCAUUUCCGGGAGUUCUGCUACCAGGAGCACAAGGGCCCCAGAGCAAUCUGUAACCACCUUCGCAGUCUUUGCCAUCAGUGGCUGAAGCCAGAAAAACACACCAAGACAGAGAUGCUGGACCUGAUAGUCCUCGAACAGUUCCUCACUGUCCUUCCACCAAUGAUGGGGAGCUGGGUCAGAAAACGUAAGCCGGAGUCCACGUCUCAGGCGGUAUCCCUGGCAGAAGGUUUCCUCUUGAGCCUGGCAACAGAUGGCAAGGAGGAAGGGCAGCUGGAGUCUUCAGAACUGGUCACCUCGGAAUUUGCUCACCCAGGACACCGGCCUCUCCUCCUGAAGAACACACAAGGGAAGGGAGAAGAAGCUGUCUUUAUAGACCUUGGAAAUCAACAAGGAACACACCCUUGCUCGUCUCUUUUCGAUGGAAGAAUGGCCACAGCGUCUGUGCAGCUAGAACAGGGUCCUGUAGCCUUUGAGGAUCUUGCAGUGCUUUUCUCCGAGGAAGAGUGGGCCCUGCUGGACCCGGGCCAAAAGGCUCUGCACUGGGAAGUCAUGGAGGAGAAUUGGGCCCACUUGAUGUCUCUGGGUAAGCUUUCUUAUCCAUUCUGUUGGAGCCAUUUUCACAGUGGUAGUCGUUCCAGUCUUUUUUUUCCAGCAGGAAUAAGAAACAAGACAAAGCAAAACCGGCUCUGAAGUAUUGUGGCAUUUUAAGAUCUACUGAUUCAUUUCACUUUCUGCUUUUACGGAUUACAAUCCACAAGAUCCAUGUGUCUGAAGAACCAGAUUGUGACCCUUCAAGGUCACAGUGUUACUCUUGAAGAGUAUGUGGUCGUGUGCUGUCCUUUCCGACCUAUGACAAACCUGUGAAUUAGAGAUGUCAAAAAGAUCACUCGCAUCAACAGCCCUUGGAGUUUUGCUAUUUCAAGGGUAAAUCACUU